GCGAGUUCGACUCGCAUUGCGAAACGAGCCAUGUCGUCGCUCCGGAACGCCGUCAAGCGGCGCGAACACAAGGAGCGGUCGCAGCCCCAAGACCGGAAGAAGCUCGGGAUCCUCGAAAAGCACAAGGACUAUGUGCGACGCGCGCAGGACUUUCACUCGAAGGAGAAGCGCCUCAAGUCGAUGCAGCUCAAAGCGGCGUUCCGCAACCCGGACGAGUUCUACUUCUCCAUGAACCAAGCGCAGACAGUUGACGGGCAGCACGUGUCGACAAACAACCACCGCGAUAAACUGUCCGCCGAAGUGUUAAAAGUUAUGAAGACGCAGGAUGCCGCUUAUCUCCACAUGAAACGCAGUGUGGACUCGUCCAAGGCCGACAAGUUGCGAGCCACGGCGCACUUUAUCGACGUGGAGAAGCCCAACACACACAAAGUAUUCGUGGACGACGCAGAUGACGUGCGCAAAUUCGAUGUCGCCGCCCACUUCGACACAGUGCCCGCCCUCGUGUCCCGCGCGUCCAACCGGCUGCGGAAGCGUGACUUGGCGCAGAUCCAGCUGGAGCCGCCGACCGCGUCCGCUGUCAACACGUACACCGAGCUGUCGAAUCGCAUCGAUCGCGCCGACAAGCUCAACCGCAUGCGACAGCAUUUGGAUCUCGAGCGCGCGGUGCAGGCCAAAGGCAAAAAGUUCAAGGUCGCGGACGGUGUCAACGGGGCGCCGCCCGUGUACAAGUGGAAGCGCGUGCGCACGAAAUAAAUAAUACCGACACACUUUAUUGCACA